UCAACGCAGCUGCACUCUGGAUCACAUGUUAUAUUUUCUCGAAAGUCCCCUUUGCGUAAAACUGCAUCAUCGUGACAUUUUUUUCUGGGGAAGCUUUCUUUGCGAGCUGUCAUUGGCUCGCGGGUCGCUCCUGCCGAAAUGCGAAGGGAGCUUGGGCCUUUCGGAGCUCGGGCGUAUGAAAUGACGACAGAGCUUGAUUAACUGAGCAGUCGAUCUAGACAACUGCGCCCUCAAACGUACAUACUUAACAAUCUCAUCAAACUCAAUUGGUGGUCAACAUAUCGAUUGAAGUCAACAUGAACUCGACUAUCCUCCGCUCGACUGCCGCGCGAUCCGCGCUCCGCGCUGCUACUAAGAACUCUGCUCGCGCUGGUGUUGCGACCACCUUUGUGCGCGGAAAGGCUACACUGCCUGACCUCUCUUAUGACUAUGGCGCCCUCGAGCCCUCCAUCUCUGGCAAGAUCAUGGAGCUGCACCACAAGAACCACCACAACACCUACGUGACAUCGUACAACAACUUUAGCGAGCAGAUCGCCGAAGCCAAGGCGAAGAACGAUAUCCAGGCUCAGAUCGCUCUGCAGCCCCUCAUCAACUUCCACGGCGGUGGCCACGUCAACCACAGUCUCUUCUGGGAGAACCUGGCACCCACCUCGCAAGGAGGCGGUGAGCCUCCCUCUGGCGCGCUGGCUGCGGCCAUCAACGAUUCCUACGGUGGAUUGGACCAGUUCAAGGAGAAGUUCAACACUGCUCUGGCUGGUAUUCAGGGCUCCGGCUGGGCGUGGCUGGUACAGGACACACAAACUGGCAGCAUCCAGAUCAAGACAUACGCGAACCAGGACCCCGUUGUCGGACAGUUUAGGCCCAUUCUGGGUGUUGAUGCGUGGGAGCACGCUUACUACCUCGACUACCAGAACCGCAAGGCCGAGUACUUCAAGGCUAUCUGGAACGUCAUUAACUGGAAGGCGGCUGAGAAACGCCUCAAGUAAGCGGCUGCAGUAUAUGUAGGCUUAGUGUAGGAAAAGAAUCAGAUUUUGAGCGGACAGGAUGUUUCAAUUCUUGCCAUGUCGUACACUCACUACGGCAGCCGCUCCUACUACUCCAACGUCAACGAAUUAGACCCGGCUGAUUAACUCCACACCACAUCAAGUACGUCGAUAGCAGAAC